ACAACAAGUAUCAUUGGAAGAAGUAAUUAAAAAAAAAAUGAAAAGGACAGAAUUGGUUGAUGGAUGAGGAAGAAGAGGGCUACCAAAAAUGAAAGAAAAUAUUAAAUUAAAAUGUAGUGAAAGCGGUAGGAAGUGCAGAAAAGCUGAGUUGACCCGAAACAGCCAUGGAGAGCUGAAACCAAGUCAAGGAUGUGCAGUACAAGUAGAAAUCAGAGGAAAGGGCAACCACACAGCAUUUCAUUUGAAGCUCUCGUUCCACGCAGUCGUCUCUAAAACGAAGCCUUACAGUUCGAAGGUGUGUAUCGGGAUCACGAUAUUCUCGAAGGUUCCACCAGUUUAUUGGCCUCAAUCCUCCGAUUGAUGCCUCCAUGGGUUUCCUUUCUCUUCUCUGCUCUUGCCUGGAGAGGAGGCUGAAGGGCCGCGGCGGCGCCGGGGAUGAUGAAGCAGAUGCUGCCAGCGACGGCGACAGUUUCGACCUGUUCUUCGACCUCCGCGCUCUCCAGGUCGCCACUAAUUUCUUCUCCGAGUUCAAUGAGCUCGGGCAUGGUGGGUUUGGUCCUGUCUACAAGGGAUUGAUGCCAAAUGGUACACAAAUAGCUGUGAAGAAGCUCUCACUGGAUUCAAGACAGGGAGUAAGAGAAUUCACUAAUGAGGUAAAAUUGUUAUUGAAAAUUCAGCACAAGAACUUGGUCACAUUGUUGGGCUGUUGUGUAGAAGGACCUGAGAAGAUGCUGGUCUAUGAGUAUCUUCCAAACAAGAGUCUUGACUGCUUCCUUUUUGAUAAAACAAAGUCUGCAUCCUUGGAUUGGGCAACGAGGUUUCGAAUAGUUAUGGGUGUGGUGAGAGGUCUUCUUUACCUACAUGAAGAGGCCCCUGAAAGGAUUAUUCAUCGAGAUAUUAAAGCUAGUAACAUAUUGUUGGAUGAAAAGUUAAAUCCAAAGAUCUCAGAUUUUGGUUUGGCAAGGCUUUUUCCUGGGGAUGAAACACAUGUAAAUACAUUUAGGAUUUCGGGUACUCAUGGCUAUAUGGCUCCUGAGUACGCACUACAUGGAUACUUGUCUGUUAAGACGGAUGUAUUCAGUUUUGGGGUUUUGGUAUUGGAGAUUGUGAGCGGAAGAAAGAAUCACAAUUCACAUCUGAGUGCAGAAAAGACGGACCUCUUGAGCUAUACAUGGAAGCUCUACCAAGGUGGGAAAGCAUUAGAAUUAGUUGACCCAAGCCUUGCCAAGUGUAAUCCUGAUGAGGCAGCAAUGUGCAUUCAGCUGGGAUUGUUAUGUUGUCAAGCAAGUGUUGCAGAUAGACCCGAUAUGAACUCUGUCCAUCUUAUGCUAUCAAGUGAUUCCUUUAAUUUGCCAAGACCAGGAAAACCUGGAAUUCAAGGCCGAACUGGACGAUGGACGACUACCACUUCAGCUUUCACAAAUACUAAUGCCACUAGUACCAGCACUGGUAUUACCAAGGCUUCUGCUGGUAGUAGUUUUGUUGAGGAAUACUCCAGAAAUUCCAUCUCCAUUUCUUCUCUAGAUGAAGGAAGAUUUCUAUUUAUAGCUUUCAUUUUUUUUCGUCUACCACCCUCAAGUAUGAUUCGCAUACUAACACUGCAACAGAUGUUUCUUUCUAUCUUUUUCGCUCUGGUGUUUUUCUCUGUCAACCUCACUGGCGCCUAUGAAAGCCCUCGAUUCCAGAAAUGCGGAGUUGAUGCCGACAAAUACACCAACAAUUCCCUUUUUGCAGCCAAUCUUGCUCAUGCUCUCAACACUAUAAGGACAUAUACAGCUCAUACAGGCUUCAACACCACCACUGUUGAGAAUGGGACGGAGCCGGUCACAGCUCUAGGCUUCUGCAGGCCUGACCAGACUCCAAUGGAGUGCCAAGCAUGCAUUGAUUCGGCUACAUCAGGUAUUCUUGAGGUUUGUCUGUAUCAGAAAACAGCUCAGAUAUGGUACAACUUGUGUAUGAUCCGUUAUUCUUUCAUGGACUUCCUCUCCCUUGUUGACCGCACACCCAUCUUCUCACUGUGGACUGAUUUUGAAACUCAAAGCUCAGAUGUUUACUAUCAAACAUUGUUGGCCAUGGUGAAGAACCUAUCAUCACUGGAUGCCGUAUCCAAGAGGCGAUAUGCAGUAGGAUGGAGUAGAGUAAAUGAAGCCACAAAAGUAUACGGAUAUGCCCAGUGCACCCCAGACCUUAGCGGGGAAAGUUGCAGCAGUUGUUUGGUAAGUUGUACCGAGGAAAUGAACACUUAUUGUUGGAACAAAUGGGCAUGUUGGAGUGGUAUGCCAAGUUGUUCCAUAAUAUUUGAUAGAUAUCCAAUAUUUAAUCAGUCCAUUGAUACACCAGAAAUUCUUUUGAAUUUGCCAUCAAAAACUGAUUCAGAAACUCAAGCUGAAGAAGCUCCUAAGACUGGCAGACGAGGAAGGAGCAGCAUAGUGAUUGGAGUUUCAGGUGCAGUGGUUGGGACAGUUAUUUUGGUCAUAGCGGCCGGGUGGGUGAUUAUGAAGGGAAGGCAUAAGACUAAUAAAGGGCAAAGAAGAGGGAGUGGAGAUGAGGAAGAUGCUGAAGAGAGCAUAAGAGAGGGACUAGGGAUGAGAAAUUUCUUAUAUGAUAUGGAGGCAUUGGUGGCUGCAACUGAUAAUUUUUCUUCAGCUAAUCGGCUUGGAGGUGGUGGAUUUGGCUUUGUUUAUAAGGGGAGAAUGCAUAAUGGUGAAGAGAUAGCAGUGAAGAAACUCACGGUUGGUUCCACGCAAGGAGUGGAAGAAUUCUCAAAUGAAGUGGAAGUCUUGGUGAAAAUGAGGCACCGGAACCUGGUCAAACUGCUCGGUUGUUGCACUCAAGGAGAUGAAAAGAUGUUGGUUUAUGAGUAUCUACCUAACAAAAGUCUCAACUACUUCCUCUUCGAUAAGAGUAGGAGUGCACUCCUUGAUUGGCAAAAGCGCUCCAACAUCAUGGUGGGAGUAGCACGAGGGCUUCUUUAUCUUCACGAAGAUUCUCAAAUCAGAAUCAUUCACAGAGACAUCAAAACAAGUAACAUAUUGCUAGAUGAACAUAUGAACCCCAAGAUAUCAGAUUUUGGAUUGGCAAAGCUUUUCCCAGAUGAGCAAAGCCACCUUAGAACUCGCCGAAUAGCUGGAACUGUAGGGUACAUGGCUCCUGAAUAUGCUAUUAGAGGUCUCAUGUCAACAAAGAUCGAUGUCUUCAGCUUUGGGGUGUUGAUGUUGGAAAUUAUAAGUGGUCGGAAGAACUACGACCCGCAGCUAGAUGAUCAAAGAAGAGAGCUUCUAAACCUGACACGCAGACUAGAAAGACAGGGAAGGUUGAUGGAGCUUGUUGACACAACCAUUGGUUCAUUCCCAGAAGAUGAAGUAAAGAAAUGCAUUCAUAUUGGAUUGUUGUGCUGCCAAGAUAACAUGCAAGAAAGACUGACCAUGUCAUCUGCACUCAUGCUGCUUUUGAAUAAUCCAGUAACCAUGCCUCCUCCAGGAAGGCUAGGUUUUCAGGGCAGCAGAGAAAACACAAAUGAAUCAUCUACAUCACAUACUGGCUCCUCCAUUGUUCUUGAAAAUGAGAAUGUUUCAAAUAAUACCAUGACUACUUCAUUGACAAGUGGUAGGUGACUCAUAGAUGGUUUCUUCAUAUAUGUUUCCUUUCUCUGUGUUGUUGCAGUUGGCCAUGUAAUAUUAUGAUUGAUCUAUUUACUCAAAAUCAUAUUUUAAA